AUGGCAAGCGAGUCGAAAGAAGUAGAUACCAUCGUCAUCGAGGGCAGUGAGGCAUGCAACAGUGGCAAGGAUGAGCCAGUCGACGAAAUCUUAAUCAAACAAGCCGGAGGAGAUGGCGGAGGCUUGAUUGAGGGAUACAUCGAGCUGCUAGCUAUUCUCAACUUCGGCUUCACGUUGCAGGCCGCUUGGGAGGCAUCUGGCCUCUCGCUUCAAUUCAGCCUGCUUAAUGGCGGUCCAGCGUCAUUGGUCUAUGGAAGUCUGUUGGCCGGUGCUGGAUCGUGCCUAAUUGCUCUGUCGCUGGCAGAGAUGGCAUCUAUCGAUCCUGUGGUAGGAGCUCAAUUUCGCUGGAGUGCCACAUUCGCCCCAAUGUGGCCAAGAUUUUGGGGUCUCUUCCAAGGCUGGAUGACAGUUUUCGCCUGGAUCACAUGCGCUGCUGCUUCACCCGCGUAUCUGGCACAAGGUGUACAGGCUCUCAUUGCUCGGAACAAUGAGAGCUACGUGCCGCAUGCCUGGCACACUACAUUGUUGAUGUGCGCUUUUGUUUUGCCCCCAGUCCUGGCCAACCUGUGGUUCAGGUCAAUUCUCAAUCCAAUGGAGACUGUCGUUGCGAUCGGCCAUGGUGCGUUCUGGAUUGCUUCAAUCAUACUUCUCGGAGUUGCUGGGGCUCGAAGCUCCAAUGCCUUCGUGUGGCAAACCCUGACCAACGAUGUUUCAGGCUGGACGAAGCCUGCCAUCGCCUUUGGCAUUGGGCUUUUGCCUAUUGCAUUCCCAAUCACUUCUUUCGAUGGCUUCUUACACAUGAGCAAGGAAGUCAAUUGGCCAAAGCGAAAUGUACCGCGAGCAAUGGUCUUCGCCGUGGUCUUGAACAGCAUCAUGCAGUUUUUCUGGCUCGUGGUGGUGAUGUAUCGAUUCGGCGAUCCGAAGACCGUCGCCAACGCCCCAGGUGGCAUGGCCAUCGUCGGAAUCUACAAGAACGCAACCAACUCGAAGGCGGUCACAACUGUCUUUGUGGUCUUCCAGAUCCUUAUCCUCUUCAUAUCGCUGUUCAACAUUUUCGCCUCGGUCGCUCGCUUGACUUGGGCUUUCAGUCAGAACAACGGGCUGCCAUUUUCGAAGUUCUUCGCCCAUGUCUCUAAACGCUGGCACAUGCCUGUGCGUGCCAUGAUCCUGGUCGCCAUCAUCUGCUGCCUACUUUCGAUCAUCAACAUCGGCAGCAUCACAGCAUUCAAUGCCCUGAUCUCUCUUCCACUGAUCGCUCUCUACAUUAGCUACGGUAUCCCCACCCUCUUCCUACUCAUUCGAAAGCUUCGUGGCCGAGCACCAGAAAUGGGCCCUUUCAAUCUCGGCCGCUGGGGCAUCCUGGUGAAUGCACUCAGCGUCAUGUAUAUUCUAUACGUGCUCAGCUUCGUGGCCCUGCCGAUCAUUCUUCCUGUUACGUCGAACAAUAUGAACUACGCUGGUCCUCUUGUCUUGGCUGUGGCCAUUAUCGCAGUGGCAGAUUGGGUGGUGUCAGGGAGGAAGCGUUUCAUUUUGCCACAGGAUCUGGCCUUGCGGAAUCGUGAGCAGAUUGUUACGGGGUCCAAGGCUUGA